AUGCCAGUUGCAGCCUCUGGUUCUACUCUCAACGACAUGCGCUUCUAUUUAAGCCUCUUCACACCGUUGUCUGGGCUGAUUGAAACCGCCUCGAGGGAUGUGUCGAGGAAAAAGCUGCAUCGACAAAGCCGAGAGACGGAGAGAAUGCUACAGACCAUAAGGAGUCGAGUAGUUGAGGGCUGGCGUUCCCUUCCACUGCCAGUGUCAGCGCCGACUCCCUCCUUUAUGCAACAAUCAACAGUAGAAAGCACCUCCUCACUUCGAGAAAUGGACAGCCCGUCCGGCUGGAGUACCCCGAUCAAGUACAGACCCAGCGCUUUUGCCAAGAGCCGAGAGCUGGGUCGUCUCGACCCAAACCUCUACUUGAGUGAAACCAACGAGGACCUCUACGAUGUGCCGAUUGAUCAUCUGGGUCGUGUUUGGUUCACCAUCUCCUAUUACGAGACCGCCGAACAACUGCGUAUUACCAUCCACAAGGCGCGUAACCUCCGCUCUCCACGUUAUCAAUCCUUUCGCUCCUCCUCUGCCAUCAUCUCCAACGAUAUGACCUCACUCAGCCUUCUCACACCGGCACCCAGUCAGGACUGUCGUAUCAGGAAGGUGCUGCACACUUUAUCUUACUCCGUCUUCACGUAG